AUGUAUUUGUUAAGUUUUAUUGCAUUAUGCUUUCCCAUAUUACAAGCAGUUUUUUCACUUCCGGUUGGUGAACAUAGAGAACCUAAGACUCAUGUUAUACAUUUUGAAGCCAUCAGUAAGAAAAACUCCGAAGGUAGAAGGAUAAUAGCUAUCAACGAUUAUAAAGAAUAUUAUGAGAAGACGUUUGGUCCUCCUAUAAACGUGCGUGCAGGUGAUACCAUUAAUUUAAGUCUUGAAAACAAAAUAUGUUCAGAAGAGGAAGCACAAUUAGCUGAAAACGACCAAUUUUGGCAAGAUUACUGUAACACUGGAUUACAUUUCCAUGGAUUGGUACCAAUAGGCAAUCAGGUAGAUGGUGUACCUGGGUUAACACAACCUCCCAUAAGAACCGGCGAGACCUUUUGGUACAAUUUUACUAUCCCAAAAGAUGUAUGCGGUACUUAUUGGUAUCAUUCUCAUUCUACAGUACAGUACGGUGAUGGCCUCAGAGGAACCUUAGUUGUUGAAUGUGAUGAGUACAAUCUUUUGGUAAAUCGUGUUGUACAAUCCUUAGGAGAAAAAGCUGCUGGCAGCGGAUUGUUGGAAUUGCCGCCCAGAGUAGAUACCAUAAGACAAGAGGGUAUUCAAGAAGAGUACGUAACUUUAAGUGAUUGGUACGAAGAUUGGAAUCUCGAUGUGGUGCGUGAUAAAAUGAUGUUUCCAGGUGGUACUACUGAUCCUCAUAUCGAUGGAUCGUUAAUCAAUGGUUCCGAAGAGGAUCAACUGGAGAUAAGAUUAAAACCCAAUACCAAUGCUGUAGUUUUGAGAUUAGUUAAUGCUGGUAUGGCAGGUACGCAGAUUAUUCAUGCGGAGGGAAAGUACAUGGUGGUCAUGGAGACAGAUGGUAUAUUAGUGAAGCCUUAUGCCGUAGAAACAUUAUCACUAGCGGUGGGACAAAGAUAUACAGUGAUUAUCCCUGUUGACAAUGACUCAAUCAAAAUAAUUAAUGGAUGUAACAAAAUGAUGGGAUACAUCACGAAAGUAUUUUGGAUUGUUAAGGGUCAGCCAACAGGAGAAUUAAGAUUCAACGAAAAUAUCAAAAAUUUGCCAGGUCUUUAUAGGGGUGAGUUGUAUAAAGAAUUAGAACCUCUACCUUCUCCUAAUGGCCAGAAUACCAAAAUCAUAGGAGGUCAAAAAAAUGAUGAUAUACAGCGCAUAACUUUAGAUUACCUAUAUCUUAGGGACGAUGAUGACAUGAGACAAAAAUAUGGUACAGAGAUGUACAAAGUCAACGGUAAGACAAUGCAAGAAUACAUGGAAUCGCCAAUUGAAGUUAAAAAUGGUAAGACCUUAGAAAUUGUCAUUAACGCAUUGGACCACAUGCGUCAUCCGUGGCAUUUGCAUGGUCAUCACUUCCAAUUGGUAUCACUGGGUGAGAAGAGAGAUGGUGUACUAAGACUUGGUGGAGAAGAAGAUGAGGAGAAUAUAAGCGAUGCAGCAAAAAGGUAUAAUGACGAUUUACAAUACUGGAUCGAAUCUGGUAAAACACCGAUGACAAGAGAUAGUUUUAAUAUCGAAGGUGGAUCAUUUGCAGUGAUAAGGAUCGAACCUAAUAGACCUGGUGACUGGUUAUUACACUGCCAUGUGGAGUGGCACGUAGCUAAGGGGCUGGGCGUUGUUAUACGUGAAUUGCCUGAAUUGCCUGAAUUACCUGAACAAUCAGAGCAAUCCGAGCAAUCAGAGCAAUCACAACAGCAAGAGCAGUCGCAGCAAGACAAUGGAACUAGUUCGCAAACUAGUUCAAAUGGUAAGAAUACCGAGGAUUUUUCGACAAGCAAAGUUAAAGUGUUAUCAAUUUACUUUUUAAUCAUGAGUAUUCUCGAUGCGAUCUUGUAUUGGGUCAUUAUAUGA